AUGACGAUAGUGAUGAAGAUGAUAGAGAUGAGGGUGGUGAUGAAGAUUAUGGAGAUGAGGAUGGAGAUGAUCAAGAUGACGAUGGUGAUAGAUGACUAUGGUGAUGAAGAUGAUAGAGAUGACGAUCGUGGUGAAGAUCAUAGAGAUGAUGAUGGUGAUGAAGAUGAUAGGGAUGAGGAAGAAGAUGAUGAUGAUAUAGAUGGCGAUGAUUAUGAAGAUGGUAGAGAUAACAAUGAUGAUGAAGAUAAUAGAGAUGACUAUAGACCUGAAGAUGAUAGAACUAACGAUGUUGAUGAAGAUGAUAGAGAUGACGAUAGUGAUGAAGAUGACAGAAGAAACGAUGAUCGAGAUGGUGAUGAAGAUGAUAGAGAUGAGGAUGGUGUUUACGAGGACUGA